CAAACACACUCACACACACUCAAACAGAGAGACCCCUCAGCCCGGGUGCACCAGAAGAAGUUCAGAGAGAAGACUGACUUCAAGAAGGUGGGUUGGCGGAGGUUUCGUCUCUGGAUUACCUCAAAUGUUAUGGCUUUCCUCAAACUGAGUCUUCUUGUCCUGUAGAAGAGUUGUGUUUCUCCCCUCCAGAAGAACUUGCCUCGUGUUUUGAUCCAGAGGGAGGAUGGAGAAGCUGUCAGAGAAAGACAAGGAGCUGAUACGAGGCAGCUGGGAGAGCCUGGGCAAGAACAAAGUUCCUCAUGGUGUCGUCAUGUUUUCCAGACUGUUUGAGCUGGACCCUGAGCUCCUCACUCUUUUCCACUACACUACAAACUGUGGCUCCACACAAGACUGCCUCUCCAGCCCGGAGUUUCUGGAACAUAUUACCAAGGUGAUGCUUGUGAUCGAUGCAGCCGUCAGCCAUCUGGACGACCUUCCUUCCUUGGAGGACUUUCUGCUCAACCUUGGGAGGAAGCACCAGGCAGUGGGAGUCAACACACAGUCAUUUGCCGAGGUGGGUGAGUCCCUUCUCUACAUGCUGCAGUGCAGUCUGGGUCAGGCCUACACGGCACCGCUGCGUCAAGCCUGGCUCAACUUGUACAGCAUUGUGGUAGCAGCCAUGAGCCAGGGAUGGGCCAAGAACGGGGAGGACAAGGCCGACUGAGGCGCACAGCGGGGGGCUGCUGAUCAGUUGCCGUCAAAUCACUCAACAUGGUUGCCAUGGAAAAAGGUUGUGUAACUUGCAACAUUGUGGCUUUGGCUGCUGUACAUUGGCUCUGCGUGAGGUUGCAUACUGUAGCGAAUGUAUGGUGUGGUUACAAUUGGAAUCAACGAAGCGCAGGGUUUCUUUUCUUUGCUGUGGAUGUUUAGCUACCAGACAAUGCUGCUGUACAGCUGCGAGGAGUUUGGCUCUUCUAAGUCUGGACCUGUAAUCAGAGCGCCUCAAACUGAGAAACAGCAACAAGGAUAACUGUUGAGUCUCUUUGUAUAUAAUGGCUUUGAUAUAUCUACUCAAAUAACAGUGGCUGUAGUGGUCUUUGUGGUGUAUCUUAAAAGAGUUGCACAAUUGUGAAACACUAGACAUUAUUUUUAGGCAUCACACACUACUAAAACUGUGAUGGUCACAGCACGGCAGCUCUAUCUAACUGGAACACAGAGAUACUUUACAAAACAUGCUCAAAGUUUUGGGACAAAGCAAUGUGAUUUUUAAUAAGCAUAUCCUAUCACCUUAAUCAUAAUCACUGCUGUGUUUUCUAUUGAUAUUAUACAUCUUUACACCUACUUUUGUGUGUGACUUUGUUAUGUAAUAUUUAUUGAUUAAAGAUGAUAUUCAAUAGAUACUGACAAGAACUGUUACCCUCUGAUAGCUCUCUUCUGAGAUCUACGACUGUUAAGGCACCCACACGGUGUGUGAGGCUCUCCUCUGUAGAGGUUGUGAUCAUUUCAAUAGGCUUCAGCUGACUGUUAAUCUCUAAAUUAUAGACUGUUAUGUUUACUCUUUACUUUGGGAGUAAAAUAAUUAUAACAUUUUUGUUCCUUGGCUUUUUCCAGUCAUUGUUAGUAUAAAGUAGUUUUCUUGUAUUGUAGGCGCUUAUUUCAGUAAUGCUUAUUAACUGUGUUGUUGUGGCUACAGAGUAUCACCUCCGCUUUAGAGGUGAGGAUAUGAAAAGUACUUCUACAUGGAAGUAAAUAUUUAUUUUGGAUGAUGAAACAAAGACAAACUUUAUUGAAGAUUAUUAUUUUUCCUUAUUACCACAUUACAAAUAAUAUCGUGAUACUAAAUGCUGACAGAGUGUAAUAUGUGUGUGUUAUUAUUAUCAUCGCUGCCAUAACACUGUAUGUAUCAUCCUCAGCUGUUAUUGACAUUCAUGGUCAUAAUGCCAAGUAACUUAGCAACAGUGCGCCAAAUAUUAGAUAAUAACACCAUACAACUGUAAAUCCAAGCUGCUGAUAUGUGGUUAUUAUCGCUUUAGUCUGAGUUUACAUCUAUAAAGUUUAUUUUUAUAUUCUGAAAUCUACGUGUUGUUAAAGAGCAUAGAUUUUUCUUCAAAUGUGAUAUACAGUAUACCCUCACAAAUAUAAUACAUAGUGUGGAUUUCCAGUUAAUUAACCCAAAAUGGCAAAUGUUCUGCUUUUAAUUGGGUUUCAUUUAGUGAAAAUAUAGAUGUUAUCACCUUGAAAAUGUGCAAUCAAAGCAGAGUUAACUAUUGAAAUAUGUUAUCCCUGCCUAGUCUGUUCACUCUGUAAUGUAUAGCCCACAUGUGCAAUGUUAUUUAACUGACUGUGUAUGUGAUGUAUUUGUGCAGGUUGUUCUCCAUGUUCCUGUUUUACCUGACACUAGGUCUUGUUUAGCAGGCAACUGAUAACUGGCAUGUUAACAUCCAGCUCUGUACAUAAUGGUUGUGUCCCUGUCUACCUCAUCAUUAUCAGCUGCUAUUGAACAGCGAUGACUUCACCUAGUUAUCCUUCUACCAAAAACGCACAGUAGUAUUUGAGUUAAUGCAAGCACGCACUCUUUGUAAACUGGGUUCUAUCUUACACUUUAAAGAAUAAAACAUGUUGUGUGCUUACGUGGGACUUAAUAAAGUGAUCUUUGUGGAUA